UACUACUACUACUAGGUACGUGUAUAGUAGGUGGCCAGGUCCAUGUGAGUUGUGACUUGUGAGCUUAGCAGACGCAGACACACAGGCUUUAGCCGCGCCAUCCCCAGUCACCACCCGUCCAGUGAGUGCACCACCACCGAACCCCACCUCAGGUCGGAGGAUGUCCUGCUAUCCACCGCGAUCGGGCGCGGGCUUCGUUCAGCCUCGUCGAGACGCACAGGGCUAUUUGGCCAAUCACUAAUCCUGUCUCGAGAGACACUUCACGAGCACGUCUACUCUAUAAACUACUGGGGUACUGGGGUAUGCAGAUUUCGUAUUGGUCCUUCCAUCCAAGGAAAAGGAGUGUCGACAGCACUUGUUCCGCCGGAGAAGACAGCUGAUGAGAGGCGAAAGGGAUAUGGUGCAGAACGCUCCCCACGCUGCGCUGUUCUUGCUCGUCGCCUUGGCUGCCCGAGCAGCUUCGGCCAUCCCGGACGGCCUGCUGCCGAACGGCAACUUCGAGGAGGCGCCGGCGAAAUCGGAGCUCAACGGCACGCGGGUGAAGGGGCGCGACGCGAUCCCGCACUGGGAGAUCUCCGGGUUCGUGGAGUACAUCGGGCCCGGCCAGAAGCAGGGGGACAUGAUCCUCCCGGUGCCGGAGGGCGCCUACGCCGUGCGGCUGGGGAACGAGGCCUCCAUCCAGCAGCGGCUCGCCGUGACGCAGGGCGCGCGCUACUCCGUCACCUUCAGCGCGGCGCGCACCUGCGCCCAGGCCGAGCAGCUCAACGUCACGGUCGCCACCGACUCCGACGUGCUCCCCAUCCAGACGGUGUACACGAGCAGUGGCUGGGACUCCUACUCCUGGGCCUUCGAGGCUACGCGCAGCGCCGUGACGCUCAUCGUCCAUAACCCCGGCGUCACUGAAGACCCGGCCUGCGGCCCUCUCCUCGACGCGUUUGCCAUCAAGACUCUCCAGCCUCCUCCUGUGCUCGCCAAAAAUAACAUGAUCCAGAACGGGGACUUCGAGGAGGGUCCGUACAUCUUCCCCGACGCGCCGUGGGGGGUGCUGGUGCCGCCAAUGGACGAGGACGACUACUCGCCGUUGUCGCCAUGGAUGAUCCUGUCGACGACCAAGUCCGUCAAGUACCUGGACGCGGCGCACUACGCCGUGCCGCACGGCGCGCGCGCCGUGGAGCUGCUGUCCGGCGUGGAGACCGCACUGGCGCAGGACGUGGCCACCGUGGCCGGGCGGCCGUACAGGCUCGAGUUCUCCACCGGGGACGCCGGGGACGGGUGCUCCGGCUCGUUGUCCCUGCGGGCAUAUGCGGCGAGCGGUAGCGUGACGGUGCCGCACGAGUCACAGGGCAGGGGUGGGCACAAGCGCGGCGUGCUGGACUUCACGGCGACCGCGGACCGGACGCGGGUGGCGUUCGUCAGUAUGGCCUACACCAUGAAGAGCGACGGGACGCUCUGUGGGCCCGUCCUCGACGAUGUCUCGCUCGUCGGCUUGCACAGCCGUGCUGCUCGCCGGUUCCUUCUGUAGUUCUGUGACAGUAGUUAGUUAUGAAGUGGUGACGUGUUCAAACUUCAGAAUAUGCUUGGGCUGUUGGGACUCGACUAAGGUUGGGGGCGAUGAGCUGAUUUACCAUCAUAUAUUUUUCUUUCACCCGCAAGUUUUUUUUUUUCAAAAUUAAGAAUCUUAUUGUCGGUAUAAUUUCAAAA